AUGGGGACGGCCCGACUGAUCGAACAGACCGUGUUCAUGACCUCCUACGAGCUGACCAUCAGCGGCCGCUUCCGCACCACUGCGGUCAUCACCCAUUCUAGCCAGAUUGUCGUUGGCUGGAUCGAUGAUGUGUUCAAUUCUCACGCCCCCCUUGCCGGAGCCAACAGACGGGUAUCCGUCGGCCUUCACGUUGAGUGCUCCCCUCCCUACGACUCUAUUGCCCUCAUCCAGCUCUGCGUCGGCAACUCGUGCCUCGUCUACCAGCUGCUGCACCGCAUCGAACGCAACCCCCCCUGCCUUCUCAGGCUCAAUGAUUUCCUCACCGAUGACCGGUUCUACUUCAUCGGCGCCAACGUGGAGCUGACCAUCUUUCGGCUGCGGUUAUGGAACUGCUUCAGGGUGAGGUCGGCAGUUGACCUCGGGGACGCAGCGGCGAGGAGGCUGCAGCGGGAGGAUCUGCAGUCAGCCGGGCUGGACCAGCUGGCGAGGGAGGUGUUGGGGAUUGAGAUAAUCAGGCUCGACGGAGCGCAGAGGAUGGCGUUGUUCAACCGAGCACUGCCCCUGGAGCUUGUCGCCCAUGUAUGCCUCGACGCCAUCAUCUCCUACGAGAUCGGCAGGACUCUGUUAAUUUAG